GUUUAGUUUCUCGUGCCCACGUUUCUUCUCAAAAUGAAAGCAAGAGCGAGAUUCAAGAACUACACUAACCAUUAUUAAAAUGAAUUAAAAAUAAAAAUUAUCAAGAAGAAGAAAUAGAGGCGAAAAAGAUAUCUGAUUCAAUUGACGUCAAAUUUUGUACCAAUCGAACGAGAAUGGGUUCGACUCCAUCACCAAACCCUUCACUGCUUCCUGAGAUCGGACCCGAUGGCCUCCCUCGUGAAGCCCCUGUCAUUGCCUACACUGAAAAGAUAAUUGAGGCAGAACAACUUCAAUUAAGGAAAUACAUUGAAGAAAAUUACUCUAAAAUUCGUGAUGUUGAACGAGAGCUUGCGAGUCUUAAUAUGGAAUUGAAGCUCACAGCUGGGCCAAAGAAAGCAGCACUUGAACAUUUAAGAAAGAAAAUUGAGAUAUCCACUGAGAAAAUUCGUUUGGCCAAGGUGAAGGAAGAGGAAGCACGGAAGAUGUGGGAAGCAGCAUCGAAGGUGGUGAAGGAUGAGGAAGAAGUAAAGCAAAAGCUUUGUGAAGACUUAAACCAGCUGGUUCAAGAAAGCAGCCAAACUCAGUUUGCUAGGCUGGAAGAGUUAAAGAGAAGAUUGGAAGCUUUGAAUCCUGGUAGAGCAUCAUCAGCUUCAGUUUCUCAUGAUGGGGUCUCAACAGGACCACCUCCGACUAUCAUUGCAACAGAUGCUUCCUCAGCCACUAAUUCAACCGAAGCAGGUGGUGGGGUCAGAAAAAACAUAUCUAAUGAAGGAAAUGCUGGAAACGUUCAAGCCGUGAAUGGGAUCAACCAACAUGUUUCCGUUGAAGGAGAAGGAAGAGGAAGGAAGAAAAGCCAAGGCAAAGGAAGAGGAAUUGGGGCUGUGCCUAAAGGUAGAGGAUCUCCAGCUCCAGGUUGGACCGGUGCUGGUUUCGACGUCGAUGGUAGAACUUAAAACAUAAGUGUACCAAUUCAGAUUUGCUAUUUAAGCCGCUGAACCAGAUUGGUUUUGCUAUAAUCACUGGACGCAAGUUCAGUUAUUCUGUUCGUUUAGCCAUUGUUUUCCUUGUAUUUUGUUCCAUUUGCCUAAUGCCUAUAGUAUGUGCAUAUGAGUGAGAGAGAGUCCUUUCUAACAAUUAUAUCUAGUCGUGUUGAUGGACUUUUUACUACACCAACUUUGUUCAUUUUGAUGAACACAACCUCUCGUUUAUUUUAUAAAAUUGUAAAAACCAUAGAAAGAAAAGUUUAUUAUCAA